AUGCGUUCAUGGCAAACAGCAAUUCGAAAUGAAAUAGCAAAUACGAUUAAAUCAAAAGAUUUCGUUCAAAUUUGGUCAUCAUAUAACGAUAUAGUUAUAUCGACUAAUAGCGAUUAUGUGACACCAGCAUUACAUAAUAAGUUUGUACUAAAUCAAACUCGAAAAUUACUUGAUCGAUUUCUUCUAGCACAAGCGGCAAUGCAAACAUUAUUUGCUUUUCUUUUUGAACUUCUUUUCACACCUUCUAUUUCUGUUCGUAAUCGACUUGAUACAAUAUUAGCUGCUUCUCGUCAUCGACAUCUUAUCUGUUUACAUAUACGUCCUGGUAAAAAUCCAACAAAUCCAUUCGAUCAUGCAUUUACAGGUCGCGUGAAUACAAUAAAGGCGAUGUUAAAUUUUACUAAUAAUUAUCUAUCAAACAAAUCUUCAUCAUUAGCUUUUGUUACAUCUGAUAGUGGUCAUGUAUCAGAUGUGUUACAUCAUUAUCCAAAUUCAUCGAUGACUAUUGUGGGUCCUAUUUUACAUAUUGAUCGGUUCGAUCGGCGGUCAUCCAUUAUAUGUGAUGGAUUUAUUAAAGUACUUGCAGAUUUUUAUCUUUUAGGCGAGUGUCAAACUUCGCUGUUAUCAAAUAGUGGAUUUUCAUCAUGGGAAAAUCGAAGAAGAGAAAAACCAAAUGAAGAAUUGUAUAUAUAUAAUGAAAAGUUUAAACAAAUGAGAAAAAGUUAA